AUGGUUUUCGUGAAGCCACUCUACAGAACUUUGUUCUUCGAUGUCGCCGCCAACAACGAUGUCUCGAGCACCAAGCAAAACAACGAAGCCAUGGCGGAAUCCCAGUCAAGGAGCAGAGACUCUGCUAUGCCGUUGUCAGCUCGGAAAUAGCGAUUGUGGAAUCGAGGCUACCCUCUACGUCUAAUCUACAUCUACGUCAUCUACGUCACGUCACGUCAACUGUCAGCUUCUCGGAGGACUCAAGAAAAGGAAGAAGAAGGCCUACACCAUUACAAAGAGGAAAAAUAGAAGGUCAAGUACGCCGUCCUCAAGUACUUCAAGAACGACAAGAACGGCAAGAUCACACGUCUUAGCAAGGGAUAUCAUGAGCCAUCAUUCGGAGGGAAGCCUUCAUGACCCAGCUCACCACACUGCGGAUCUCUUCGAAGAUGUCCAAACAUCCUCGUCAUUGACACCGCUACUGUCGCUGCCACUUCUGGCGAGAAGGGAAGAAAGAAGUAGACCAUUAAAU